AUAGUCGUAGUUGAAAACAUCAGAAUUAGUGAGCUAAUGACGAUUAACAAAAAUCAAGCGGAAAAACAAAGUAAUGAUGCAGAGAAUUGCAAGCCCUAUUUCUACACCAUUAUUCUUUCUCCCCAAGCUCAAAAAUCUAAACUUAUGAUUCCGAAAAAGUUUGUGAAGAAAUAUGGAAGACGUUUAUCUGAUGACAUAUUCAUCAAUGUUCCAAAAUCUGAACAACCAUGGAAAAUAACAUUAGAGAAAUCAAACAAUAACAUGUUCUUAGGGAAAGGUUGGCAAGCUUUAAUGGAGUUGUACAGCUUAGACUAUGGACAUUUUUUGCUAUUCAGGUUAGACGAGGGCUUACCAUCACAAUUCCACGUCCAUAUAUUCGACAAGAGUGCUACCGAGAUAGACUAUCCUGUUCAAAACUGUGAUACCAACAGAAGUAGUACUAAUACUGAACAGGGUAUUAAGACUUGUGUAAAACAAGAAAAUAUUGAGGAGGAUGACGAUGACGAUGACGAUGACGAUGACGACGACGACGACGACGUCCAAAUAAUGGAUGAAGUAAUCUCACCAAAGUUCAACAAUAAUGUUAAUAUUCUUAAUACAUCUUAUUCUAGUGAUUGUGUACAAUGUUCAAGCUCUACUGAUGAUAUAGAUUGUUCAACCUCUUGGAAUAACGAUGUGGAAUUUUCAAGCUCUACUGAUCAUGUACAAUGUUCAAGCUUCAAACCCAAAGGUUGUACUAGUAUAUCUCCUGAUAUGAGAAAGAAACUGCAGAAAAAGCUUGAUGGCAUUAAAUCUCUAAAUCCUCACUUCAAAUUGAUCAUGUAUCCCACUUAUGUUCGCGCCCAAACAAAGCCGCAUAUUCCAUGUAGACAUGCUUCAAAAUACUUUCCAAGUAAUUCAAAGGAGAUAAUAUUGGAAGGGCCAAAUGGGAAGAGGCAUCGAGUAAGAUUUUAUCAUGGAAGACAGACAACAAAUCUGCUGGGUGGAUGGAAAAACUUUGUAUACGACAAUGAUUUAAAGAUCGGAGAUUUAUGUAUGUUUGAGCUCAUACACCCUCACUCCUAUACUUAUCAAGUUUCCAUUUUUCGCACUGAUUUUAUUACAAACUCGCUCUAAUAUGUAAAGUAUAUUAACAAAAGCACUAAGGGCGUCUGAUUUACUUACAAAUAAUGCAAUUACUCCAACUCUUGUAACAUUCACAUCCAAACCAAGAAUUUACUAAUUUAUUUAUAUAUUCUGUAUUAAA